AUGGCGCAGUACUUCUUUGAUCUGCUCUAUAACUUCACAGACUGCAUGUGCUGUUUUCCCAGCACGCCGCAGCUGAAGAUCAAUAAUCGGAGCUUCAAGCUGCUCCGACUAUUGGGCGAGGGUGGCUUCUCCUACGUUUAUCUCGUCCAAGACAAAUCCUCCUCCGAACUAUUCGCGCUCAAGAAAAUCCGGUGUCCCUUCGGCCAGGAAUCCGUUUCGCAAGCUCUCAAAGAAGUUGAAGCAUACAACCUGUUCAGUUCGCAAGACAACAUCAUUCAUUCCAUCGACCAUUGUGUCUCAACAGAAUCAGGCUCCAAGUUCCGAUCGGACGGGGGCGAUCCAGGCUCCAAGACUGUCUACAUCCUUCUCCCAUACUACCAACGAGGAAACCUCCAAGAUGCGAUCAACGCCAACCUGGUCAAUCACACCCGCUUCCCGGAGAAGCGGCUGAUGAUGCUGAUGCUUGGUGUUGCGCAAGCGCUUCGCGCGAUGCACCAGUACCGUGUGAAGAGUGGCGCGGCUUCUACUCGCAAAGCGAAAGCGGUGCGAAAGGAAGGCGCGGAUGCAGAUAACGAGCGAACCAUGCAGAUGAAGCCACCUAAGCGGCGUGCCACACAUCCUGAGGGAGAAGAAGAAGACGAAGAGAAUGAGCCAUUGAUGGAGGAUGAGGUCACGCGCAGUCAAGAGGGCGUCCAGGACGGUGAUCUACGCCCAUAUGCGCACCGCGAUAUCAAGCCUGGUGAGUACAGUCGCUCAUGUCUGCUUAACGAGUCUGGACUAAUAUUCCUGGAUCAUCAAGGUAACAUCAUGAUCGAUAAUGAUGGCCAAUCUCCCAUUCUCAUGGAUCUUGGCUCCCUCGCCCCCAGCCCCAUCGCCAUCACCUCCCGUUCCCUGGCCUUGGCGGUACAAGACACAGCUGCCGAGCACAGCACCAUGCCCUACCGAGCUCCAGAACUCUUCGAUGUCAAGACAGGAACGAUCAUUGAUACUAAGGUCGAUAUUUGGUCGCUUGGCUGCACACUAUAUGCCUGCUUAGUAGGGAAGAGUCCCUUUGAAGCUCGCAGUGAAGAGACAGGUGGCAGUCUGAGCAUGUGUGUGCUUGGUGGCGAUUGGCGAUUCCCUGACGAGAAGCCCGUUGCCACCAAGGGUAAAGGCAAGGCCGGUGAAAACGAUGCCAACAAGGGUGCUGGUGACGGGGUGAUCAGCGCUCCUGUCAAGAAUGUCGUUCGCAAGUGCCUCGAAGUAGAACCCUCUGAGCGUCCUGACAUUGACGAGCUGAUCCAGCUCAUCAAGGAGGUGAUUGACGAACUCCCAGACGACGGAGACGUUGCCAGCUCGUCCUAUUAG